AUGUUUAAGGUCACAAUAUUAUGUUCCUUUUUUGUAGCCCUCCCCCUUUUUCUUAGGUUGGUAGAUGGGGGAGAUCGGUGUGCUGGUCGAGUGGAAAUCUUCUACAGGGGUGAAUGGGGAACGGUGUGUGACGAUCUUUGGGACAGCAGUGAUGCACAGGUUGUAUGUAGACAGUUGGGUUGUGGCUCAGCUGUUUCUUUCUUUGGGAGUGCAACUUAUGGACAAGGGAAUGGACCAAUCAUACUGGAUGAUGUAAACUGCAGAGGUGAUGAAGACUUUUUGUGGAAUUGCCCCCACCAAGGAUUUACAAUACACAAUUGUAAUCACGGAGAGGAUGCUGGAGUUCAUUGUUCAGAUAUGGUUCUGAGGUUGGAGAAUGGUAGAAACCGUUGUGUUGGUCGUGUGGAAAUCUUCUAUGAAGGAGAAUGGGGAACGGUGUGCGAUGAUUCUUGGGAUCUGACAGAUGCUCAGGUUGUAUGCCGGCAACUAGGCUGUGGCAGAGCAAUUUCAUCAUUUGGCACUGCCUAUUUUGGCCAAGGAACAGGACCUAUUAUUCUGGAUGACGUGGAUUGCAGAGGCGACGAAAAUAUUUUGUGGAACUGCCCACACCGAGGGCUGAAACAGCACAACUGUGGCCAUUCUGAAGAUGCUGGAGUCAACUGUUCAGGUAAAUUCUACUGGCUUCUGUACAGCCAAUAUGGCAUAGCUAAGGUAUUUAUACUGUAUAUGUAG